CGUCAGUGACAGCUGGUCACAUGAUCUCCGAAUAAAAGGCCUCAGACAAGUCUUCUUUCUAGACAUUCCGACAGUGUGGUCAUAGCCAACGAUGGCGUACAUAGCUAAAUCCUUCUACGACCUGCAAGCCACAAAUCUGGAAGGGGAGAAGGUAGAUUUCAACGUGUUUAGGGGAAGAGUAAUUUUGAUAGAAAAUGUUGCUUCACUUUGAGGUACGACCGUCAGGGAUUACACGCAGCUCAAUGAUCUGCAGAACAAAUAUCCGCGGCGGCUUGUUGUGAUGGGAUUUCCAUGCAAUCAGUUUGGCUACCAGGAGAACUGUAAAAAUGAAGAGAUUCUGAAUUCCUUAAAAUACGUUCGACCAGGUAACGGCUUUGAACCUGGUUUUACUGUGUUCCAGAAAUGUGAGGUCAACGGGAAAGAUAUUCAUCCAGUCUUUGCUUACUUGAAGGACAAGCUUCCUGCACCUGAUGAUGAGCCAUCUGGUCUGAUUACUGACCCCCGAUAUAUCGUAUGGAGCCCUGUACACAGGGCCGACAUAUCCUGGAACUUUGAGAAGUUUCUAAUCGGCCCAGAAGGAGAACCUUUUAAGCGCUACAGUAAAAGCUUCCAAACCAUUAACAUAGAGCCCGACAUCCAGAGGCUCCUAAAACUUGCCAAAUAAAGCAAUUCACAAUGUUUUCAUUCGGCAAAUAACAUUGGUCAGUUUUUCAGUUUUGCUUACCAACAUUUGUCUACUUAAUCACCUUUAUCUCCACUUUGCACUUUCAGUAUGUCCUACGGGGUAAUGCAGAGGUGUCAUAAUAAAGGGCCAGUUCAUCCAAAAGUGUGUAGGAUAGGGUGCACUCAUUCUGGCAGUUUUACCCGACCCUAGGAGUGGUUCGCCCCCUUGGUCUGGUUUGUUUGUGUAGUGUGAGUUUCCCUGAACCAUGACCAGGAAUGGUACCAUACCUGGGAUAUCUUGGAAGAGGUGGUCUGUCUCCGGCGUGGUUCACUUUUGGUCCAGUACGGCUUUAGAAGAGUGCAA